UAUCUUACCCGAAGUACGGCCACUCUCCAUACAUAAACAAAAGAUUUCUUCUAAAAUUACUUUGAAAUCUCUUAAUAAAAUGGACACCCCUAAAAAAGGAAGCAUAUUUACCCUGGGCCCCGCUCCGCCUGGACACCGACCACCGAAUACGUCCCUAUUUAAGCGCCUGGAAUACAACCUGAUGGCAAUGUCUCGUCACAUCAGAGGUACAACCGCAAAGAUUGACCUCUUACGGAGUGCUCACCGCAUAGAGAUAUCCACCGCAAUGCGCAAGUCCAUCAAGGAGCAAAUAAUGCUUUCGAUCAGGGAUCAGAUCCUGGCACGUAAAGUCAUGGCCAAGAACAGCCUCGAGUUGAAGGCUCUGCAGGACGCCGAAAUCCUGAAGGUGGUCAGACACUUGCAUGAAAUAGACAAAAACCGCCAGGAAUGGAGCCAUAAUCUGGCUCGUCUCAAAGUCGACCUGAAGCAGGAAUCCGAUCCUGAUAAGGUCCGUUGCCUUCAGAAAGAAAUCUAUGCCUUGAUAAAGGACCUCAAAAAGUCGAAAGAUCUCCGCGAGCGGUGGAGGCUUCGCAUGGUCCAGAUGGAGGCCGCCAAAAUCAAGGUGCUACAGCCGCCCACCAAUAACCAGUCGGUUGACGAAAGCGAUAUGAUUUCUUCAGCAAAGUCAACGACUGAAAAGGAAGCCCCUAACGUAGUGGAAAAUAUAAAUAAAAAUAUUUCUUCCCCAAAGCCAAAUACCAAUACCAUAUGCCUUUCCAAAACCGUGGCUUUGAUAUCAAAAGAAAAUAUUGACAAAAGAAUUAAGCCCACCAAAGACUGCAAAAGAUGUGCAUUCCUUCAGCGCUCAAAUAAAAAUAACAAAGAUGUUCCCAGGGUCUGUAAUAUAUGCUUGAAGUGGGCUCAUAAGGUUCUGCAAGAUGGCGUAGAGAUAACUCCUGUUAGAAAUGUACCAAUAAAUAAUACAACGGCAUCUGAAUUAGCUAUGGCAGCGUUGAAGGAACACGAUUAUGCUGAUUCUGAGUCCACGAUUAAGGUGGAGAUUGAGCCUGUAACAGAGGAGGAGGAAAGUUUAGAAGAAAUGGAUUCACCUAUGCCUUCAGUUCAUGUAGAGAUUGAGUCCCUGGAUGAUUCUAUGAACGAUGAAAUUAUGUCUGAUAUUAUUAAAGAAGAAGAGACGGAAACCCUUUCCACGACGGAAUCAAUAGACUUUGAUAAAGUCACCUUGAUUCAGGAUGGUUUAAAAUCCAUUGAUGAUAAAACUACGGCAUUGGCACAUGUAAGAAUUCUGCAGGAGUACGCCAUGUUAAAUGAUAACUAUCGGGCCAUCGGUCUUCUGUCUGAAGUUGAAGCAGCACUCAUAAAUCCAGCCAAAAAUGAAGAUUUUGAGUGUUAGAUGUGAUCUUAGGUUAGUUUUAGUGGGAAGAGGAAUAGGAAACCCAAGAAAGAUGAAACAGACUUGUAAAAUAAUAGAGACACAUUUUAUUUGUCUUCAUCUGAAGAUAAAUAUAAUAAUAAAAAGCUUGAAGUGAUACUACUACAAUAUCUUUAGAACUGUUUAU